AUGCCCGUUCACUGCCAGCAGGCCCUGGUGCUGUCAGGCAGUGCCAUUUUGGCCACCCUGGGGGCCCUGUUACUAUACCUCGGGGAGCCCUCCAGCUACGGGAAGUACGUGGGAAGUCUGACCACGGCUACCCACAUGGCCGCCCGUGCUGCCUGGUUCCUGCAGGAGCUGCCCUCCUUCGCGAUCCCGAUGGGGAUGCUCGUCGGUCACUCCCGUGUCCUUUUUGGCCCGCCCGAAACUGUGCUCCUGGGGCUCUUCGGCGCACAUUACUUCCACAGGACAUUUGUUUACUCAUUCCUCAAUAGAGGGAGGCCUUUUCCAACUGCCUUAGUUUUCAAAGGCUCUGUCUUCUGCAUGGGAAAUGGACUCCUGCAAGGCUACUAUCUGACUCACUGCACCGAAUACCCUCUUGAGUGGUACACAGACAUACGCUUUAUCUUGGGUGUCUUCUUAUUUAUUUUGGGAAUGGGAAUCAACAUUCAUAGUGACUAUAUAUUGCGCCAGCUCCGGAAGCCUGGAGAAAUCGUCUAUAAGAUUCCACAAGGUGGCUUGUUCACAUACGUCUCAGGAGCCAAUUUCCUUGGUGAGAUCAUCGAAUGGAUCGGCUUUGCCCUGGCCACCUGGUCCCUCCCAGCGCUUGCAUUUGCAUUUUUCUCACUUUGUUUCCUUGGGCUGCGAGCUUUUCACCACCAUAGGUUCUACCUCAAAAUAUUUAAGGACUACCCCAAAUUUCGGAAAGCCCUCAUUCCAUUUAUCUUUUGA